CAAAAAUCUUCAUCAAGUUCCAAUCUUUCUUUUUCUCUCUCUUAAUCUUGAAAAAUGGCUCGUACAAAGCAGACAGCAAGAAAGUCUACCGGCGGAAAGGCGCCAAGAAAGCAACUGGCAACAAAGGCGGCGAGGAAAUCUGCUCCGGCGACCGGAGGUGUGAAGAAGCCACAUAGAUUCAGGCCAGGAACAGUGGCUUUAAGGGAAAUCCGUAAGUAUCAAAAAAGUACUGAACUUUUGAUCCGUAAACUUCCUUUCCAGAGACUUGUUCGUGAGAUUGCUCAGGAUUUCAAAACGGAUCUUAGAUUUCAAAGCUCUGCUGUUGCUGCUCUUCAAGAAGCGGCUGAAGCUUAUCUUGUUGGGUUGUUUGAAGAUACUAAUCUUUGUGCUAUUCAUGCUAAGAGGGUUACUAUUAUGCCUAAGGAUAUUCAAUUGGCUCGUAGGAUUCGUGGUGAAAGGGCUUAGAUCUGGUUGUUGAUUAGUGUUUCUUAUGGAGUUGUGUAAUUAGAUUGGUGUUUGUUGAAUUGAUGUGUUCUUGUUUGUGUUUCUGAUGUUCUUUUAUCGAAAACCUUUGAUUGUGCUACUUUUGAUUUAGUUUUACUCAUGAAUAUGAAUCCAUUUCUUUGUUGAAUUA